AUGCUAGAAGGCGCAGGCUCUGCCAGAGGUGCAUUUGCUCCCUCCUUAAUAGCGCACCCACAGACACCCACCCAAACCCUCAUCCCCUGCAUACGUGACGCACUUCGCUUUUGCUCUCGUUAAAGACCACCCCCCUAAUCUCCACCCGCCUCAUCUCCGCAAACACCGACACUCACCUUUUCCUCCAAGCGGGAUCCGUCACUGGCGCAAGAAAAACACUAUAUUACAUCCCCUUCCCUUCUUACCUCCGUCUCACCUCCUCUCAGCCCCCGCACUUACUAGCCUCACCAGCCCACGCACGCGCUCCUUAACCAAUCAACCUCCCCCUUACUACCCCUUUCGCCAAUAGCGCUUCGAGUUCAUAAGACGUGCCCUAAGAAGCCACCGCCUCCAUGUCAGAUAUGGACAUUUUCCACCUCCUCCACAAACCCCCCUCUCUUUAAAAAAAAACAAACCGUGGUGUUUGGGGGGGCGAAACACAUUGUCCCUCGCGAAAACCUCACAAUCGUAGCAACGGCGCGCGGUCUUUUCCGUUUCCGGCCAAUCGAGCCCUGAUUGGCUGGCCGGCCUGGCCUGCAAGGCGUACCUUUUUGUAUUUCCGGAUGAGAGAGAGAGAGAGAGAGAGAGAGAGAGAGAGAGAGAGAGAGAGAGAGAGAGAGAUGGGGGCGGGGCUAGGCAGAGUCGAGUGAGGUGCCGCUGCUGCUGCUGCUCUAGGAAUGUCGCGCUGACGUGUAAGCGUCUGUAGGCGCGUGCUGAAUAGCCUCCGACACUGAGGUGUGUUGUGGUGGUUUUUUUUGACGGGGGGCCGCUGCUGGUGAGGGAGCCUGAGGCCUACGUGGUUACCAUGGUGAACGCGAGGCCUGCCGCCCAGACCUCCACCCUGAGGGGGGAUGCUGACAGGGUGACGCCCCCUCCCCUCACCUGAGCCUGUCAAGCCUACGACGACCUCCUCCGCUGCCCCCUCAACCCCACAGCCUCCCCUCCAUUCCCAGUCGCGGGGCCUGCGGACCCUUCGCCACCCUCAGCGGGUAACUGAAGAGGACUCUCUCUCUCCGCGUCCGCCAUGCACCUCUGGUAAGUGCCGCUCUUACUGCGUUUCCUGAAAGUAGGGCGCGGGUGGAGAACGGCGGAGACCGAGGUGGGGCCUCCCGCCUUGUCCGUCCUUUCCUGUGACAGGCAUGGUCAGCGCGGAGGGAAGGGGUCCUGGCUGCCUGGACGGCGCCGAGUGCGCUGCAGUGGGGGGGUGGAAGCGACGCGAGGGAGAUCCUGUAACUAGAUGACGCUGGAGGCUUUUGGAGCAGCUGGGCUCCACUCAAGAGUGGCGGUUUCCGUCCUGAACAGAGAAAUCAAACUUUUGUUGGGGCUGUAGGAAGUGCAGCUUCGGUUUAAAUCCUUUAAGCAGAGAGAGAGAGGACCUGCAACCUUACCUAUGCAAAACAGGUACUCUUGAAUCAUAGUCUCUUCCUGCAAAUACUAGAGAUAAAAGUGGCACGGGGAGGGAUUUGUGGCCUGAAGCUGGACAAAAUAGUACCAAUAAGUGGACGAAACAAUGCUCAGAAGUUGGGAAACCGUAGCUUAUUUUUGUAGCAGGCCUUUGUAGGUGUGCCAGGGAGUGUGGCAAUCUAGUUUUAAGGACCCUCUCCUAGCCCAAACCCUCAGUUAACCCCAAGAUGAGCAGCUUGAAGUGAAAAGGACUUGAUUCUAGGCUUGGGCAAAGAUUUGGUUUGUUGGUCCUCUCCAUACAAAAGUAUCAAAUUGUCUUCCUGCAAGUUGUUUGCAUUAGGUAUUAUCUUCCUGCUGAGUUCUCUGGCAGGGUGUGUGUUUUAAAUAAAUUCUGUAAUCUUUUGUUCUUGUAUUUUAAAAACUUCCAUGAUUCUCCAGAGGAGGAGGAAAUCAACCUGAUUUAUUCUUAUUUGUGAGCCUGCUCAUGCCCCAUAAAAGUUUUGAGGGGUAGAGAUUAGUAACCCUAUGGGUAUCAGUGGGAUGCAUUUUAUUUAUGUAUGUCUUGAGGAUGCACACUCUUCAUGCUAGUUUGGAAGCUUUUGUGUAUAUAAAUGCUAAGGAAUCUUUCACUACUAAUUUUGUACCAGUUAAUUCUACUUUGAAUCUCUUUUCUCUUAGCCCGGUAGUUCCUAUACUGUUUACUGGGAUUGGUGUGAACCUAAAGUAGCCACCCAGAAAGGAGAUUGUCCAUUAUAUCUCUGCAUUUAACUGGUGCUUUGAUUUUGCCUCCUUCCAAUCAGCUUCAGUUGGAGACAGGUAUUUCUUCAUGUUGAGAAAGGAUGGGAUCAUUUCUCAUGUAAACACAUAUCAAAAUUACCCACCAAAGCUGUCUGUUGUGUGACUGUAUGGGUUAUUACUCUGGUCUUGACAUUUUCCCAUCUGGAGGCUCAUGCAGAACUGUGACUUGCACAGACACAUAGGAGAUGGACAUCUAAAGGAUGGUAAUUUUCAUUUUAACUGGGAAAGUAGAAAUUUUGAGAUAAAUAUGUGGCUCCAGUUUUAAUUCUGAGAAAAAGUCAACCUCAACCUCAGGUAGCAAAAAUUUACUGUCUUGGCCUUUAAAUAAAUAAAGAAAGAAAGAAAGAAAGAAAGAAAGUUAGGAAGAAUUGAGGAACCUAGUUGGCCACAGAAAUCUUGUUUUGGUUUUGAAAACACCUCCUGAAUUCAAAUGUUUCUUCUAAUGCUGUUAAGUACUGUAUCUUAUCUUUUGCAGCUCUAGUUAAUCUGCUUGAUCAAGAGCAUUGUUGCAAAAUAGAAUAUUUAACUAUACAAAGUAGCAAAUAUAUCCAGAUUGAGUCAAGUGAUCUACAGUGUGUCUAGUAGACUUUUAGACAUUGAGUGAAAGUUUUAAAAGCAUGCAUAUAGUGGGAAGAACAGCUUAAUACAUUCACUUAAGUUGAAUGGUUGGAAUCUUAUUUGUGAUGGAGAAUGGAGAAUGAAAGUACCUUAAAAAGUAUAAAGAAAGUAUUAUAUUCUACUGAAUAUGAGCAAGUUGUAAAUUCUGUAGGAAUGCAUUAGAUUUUGAAAGCUCACUGAGAAGAAAUACCUUGUUAAUAAGCUGUUUGAAAUGCCAUUCAGUAAGUGCAUUUAAUAGCCUCUUUGAUUUAGCACUGAGUACAGUGGUUUGUGUCAAGGAACCCUUGGGGAGCACAUAGUGAUAUAGAAGGCUGUGCUUAAUUUGCACUUUUUAGGGGCAGCUAAUUAAUGUGUGUGUCAUUUGUAAAUCAGACGGAGGCAAAGCUGUAGCUACUAGGAUCCUCGUGUAAUCUUGGAGCCAAACUAUACAAUGUGUUAAAUGUGUGAAAGCAUUUAAUGUACUUGUUUCUUUCCCCAUUUUUUAUGCAUCGCUGUUAGCGCUUACAUGACAAGCUACAACUGUCAAAAUUCCCUUUUCUACACAACUAUUAAAGUUGGAGGAGCCCUGUCCACUUUUUCAUCUUGCCACUCCAGUCAUGGUCCCAAUGAAUUUAAGCUGCUAUUUGCUCCAGAAGUGAAGCUGCCUUGGUGUCAAUGUCAGCUUUCCUUUGGGGGCAACUUUAAUUGAGAAAACAGUGCAGAGUGAAAGGGCUAAAUUCAUGAAGGCAUUUAACAUACAGUAUUGUCUAGUUUGGCACUUUGAAGUGACAACAGGAAAAUGUUUCUUUGGGUUCUUUUUGCAGUUUUAUUCCUCUUUGGCACAUUUUUUUACCAUCACAUUUUCUCCAUUGUAUUGAGAACCAGACACUGAAAUAAAAUAAACCUAGCUGGAUGUCUUACAGUUAGUCAUAGCACAAGCUGGUGUUUAAACUUUCAUUCAAUUCUCAAAGUUCCCUGGACAUUUGAUCACAAUUCAUAAUUGCUAUUGCCUACUUCAUCCAAUUUUUUUGUAAGAACUCCUCAUUAUAGCAGUUGAAUAACCUGCUUCACAGCUUCUGGAUCAGAAAGCUAUUCAUUGUUCUGUGGAAACGGACUUUCAGGCCUGUAGCUGACAGAAUUGAACUUUGAGCUGUUCCUGACUCCUCAAAGGGUGUUGUUAAAGACUUGCACAACAGCAGGAAUUUGAUUUAAUUUGUCAUCCUUCAUUGGUGUUCAGAGCAAAACAUGGGAUUAGAUGCUACUCAUAGGCUGAUCUCAGCAUCAGCCCAGUGGUACAGAGUGACUGGGCAGUUGGCUGACACAAUUUAGUUGGUGCUAGCCAUGCUGGUCCUGCCCACCUAGCAGUUCGAAAGCGGGAAGGUAAAUGGCAUUUCCGUGCGCUGCUCUGGUUCGCCAGAAGUGGCUUAGUCACAUUGGCCACAUGACCCGGAAGCUGUCUGUGGACAAAUGCCGGCUCCCUUGGCCUAUAGAGCAAGAAGCAUGCGCAACCCCAGAGUCGUCCGCGACUGGACCUAACGGUCAGGGGUACCUUAGCCAUGCUGGAGGUAGUAUAAGUCAGGUUGUCAUGCUUCUUCCAGAGUUGCUAACCUGGAAAUAUGCCCUUAGAAUCCUCUGCAACAUUAUGAAGGGGUUUUUAGGUGUAUCUUCUGUUUUUAUACAGCAUUGCAGAAGGUUGGGCUUUUGCAUUGCUUCCUGCAUGGCCAAUUCCUUCCUUGUGCAGUCUGAGGAUAUGCCUAAGAUCCUCUUUGAUGGAUCAUAUUUCUAGGUCAUAUGGGAACACCUUUAUCUCUCCCUUCCUAGGAUGAUGCAUGGCACUGGGGGAGUCCUGACCCCAGCAGUCACUUGAAUCUGUUGCUCUGUAGAGUUUUCAGGGCCCACUAGGAGCACAGGAAAUGUAAAGCUUGCUAACUGCUGGGCUAUUAGUAUUGGUACUGGUGGCAUGCUCCAAAUGAUGAAUUGUCUUGGGAUUGUAAUUGCUCCUCCAUGUAAUUUGCACUGCUUUUGUUCACAUACUGGCUCCCUUGCUUCCCUUUUAGUUCCAAUUCUUGGAUGCAUCCUGGAGUGGCCUGUGCUAAUUAGAUUAUAGAUAAGUAGACAUUGCUAUGAGGAAUGGACAUUGCUUUGAGGAAUGGAUAGAUUCAGGUUACAUGAAGAGGUUCUAGUUCCACUGCAGUUCAAUUGACAAUUGAACAGUUAUCAAAUUGAAUGCUGCUGUCUGCGUGGCGACAGUUGCCAGGCAAAUAGGCUUGCACCAAAGAGGAGAGUAUGUGCAUGUCUGAGGGAUAGAACAACUCUUACCCUCUGUCAUGGUCUGUCUACUUUCAGUUUGUUACCUGAAAUUCAGAGCUCUGGCCUUUUCUUCACUAGGGGUUAUGCAAACUCUCUAGAGACAUGAAAAACAUAGCCACUUGAGACUUUUAUGGGCUUUGUUCUGUUCAUGUGUCUCAGAACCCUUGAGAAAACACAAUAAGGAAGGCAAACAAAAAACGUAUUUGUUGGAGAUGAUUUUUAGAAGUACACUACACAGAGAAUCGGUUCUGUUCAAAUUAAGUGAACCAGUCUAAAGUCACUGGGACUUAAAAGGCUGUGAUCCUGUCCUCACUUAUUUGGAAAUAAAUCCUGUUGAAUUGAAUUUUUGAGUAAAGAAGUAUAGAGUUAUGCUGUUAGUUACCUGGUCCUGUACACAUUUACUUGGAAUUAAAUGUCAGUGCGCUCAGUUGGGCUUACUCCAAGGUAAGUCCCCAUAGGAUUGCAGCUUUAAAUUUAUUCUCUAUCUGAACAUUUGUUUUCUUUCUCUUGGCAGAGCAAAACAGCUCAACAGCUUGUUACACCAAUAACACUAGGCUAUGUGUCUAUCAGAGCAAAGUGAAUGGCAGCAUGAGAAGCUUCUCAUUGGCUGUUUGUGUGGGCUGUGCAGCUCCUGUUCCCCUUUUGUUUUCUUACUGGUGCCAGGCAGUGCAAAUAAGCAAUUGCUGAUAUUAGGUCCACCUGCUCAGCAGCUGGGCUGUAUUUAUUGGCAUUUAACACACCCUAGGUAGAAGUGACUUCCACCUUUGCACUGGAGGCUUUCAAACAGAGCGUCCAAAAGAUCCACCUGUUUAAAAUUCAUCAGCUCAGCACUGUUUGCUUGGAGUUUGGUUCAUUUUGAAUUGAAUCCUGGAAGCUGCUACAAAUGUGAGCUUGCUUCUGAGCUGUCUGUUGUAAUGUGUGAAAGCAGCUGGCCAACAGUAGACAAGUGCCAAGAAGGCAGCUUUUUAGGUUUGUGUGGGCAACUGCUGUGGAUAAAUGAGGUUUGCUCUCAUCUCAUUGUGUUCAAAGGCUAACUGACUUUAUAACUCACAAAAUUUCUCCAGAAAAUGGGCAUAUACUAAAAGUUGUGUCGUAAGGUACAGUUGGGAGAAUUUUGUAAUAAUUCAGUAACAAACUUUGAGGCUUAAUGGUAAACUGUGGCAACUAUUUGCUUCUGCUCUGUGUGCUUUAUUUUACGUACCCACAUGAGAGAUGUAAUUGCUUUGCAUAAAGUGGUCUCAAUUCAUCUUUCCUGAAGGUGAACUGUGUCUCUUGUGUAUUUUAUAUUUAGAGAGUUCUGGGUCUUCCCACAAAGGCCAUGGAGAAAAGGUUGGAAGACAAUUUCAGCACCAGCUCUCUGAACAUAUUGGGAUACUUAUUUAG